AUGGAGGCGCAGCAGUCCGGCAUGGCCGAUCUCGCCGCCCGCCUCACCAAGCGACUGGCGGACAAAAACUGCACCAGGAACCUGGUAUUCUCGCCGCUCUCCAUCUACGCCGUCCUCGCUCUCCUGGCCGCCGGCGCCGGCGGGGCAACCCUGGAGGAGGUUCUCCGCGUCUUAGGCGCGCGGUCGCGCCGCGAGCUAGAGGACUCAGUGGCGCGUCUCCGGGGCGGCCCCCUCAGGGACAUGUCUGAGUCCGGCGGGCCGAGCGUGGCGUUCGCGUAUGGCGUGUGGAGCGACCUUAUGCGGCCGAUGAAGCCGGCGUACCGCGACACCGUCGUCGGCACGUACAAGGCCGAGGCCAGCGCCGUGGACUUCCUCAACAACCCAGAGCAUGCAACACGGCAGAUCGACGCGUGGGUCGUGGAGGCCACGAGAAAUCUCAUCACGUCUGCCGUUCCUCCGGGAUCUCUGCACCGGGAUACUAAGCUCGUGCUAGCCAACGCCAUCUACUUCAAGGGCAAGUGGGAUCUGCCGUUUUACGAGAGCCAGACCAAGAACAAUCCCUUCUACCGGCUCGACGGCACCGCCGUCAACGUCCCCUUCAUGACAAACUCUGACAGCCACUACAUCUCCGAGCACGACGGGUUCAAGGUGCUGAAGCUACUCUAUAAGAGUUCGCCCUACACCUACACCCAGUCCCACCACUGCAUGUGCAUCUUCCUCCCGGACACGUGCGAUGGCCUGGGGAGCCUGCUGGAUAAGAUAACCUCGUCUCCAGGCUUCCUGCGCGAGCACCUGCCACAAACUAUGGUCAAUGUCGGCCAGUUCAGGGUGCCAAAGUUUGAGCUCUCCUUCGGUAGCAGCUUGACCACGGUGCUGAAUGUUCUAGGGCUCCGGUUACCUUUCAGUCCAGAGGCCGACCUCUCUGAGAUGCUGGAGGACGAUGGCUCCGGCAUGCCACUCCUCGUGCAGGACGUCUUCCAGAAGGCUGUCAUCGAGGUCAACGAGGAAGGAACCAAAGCUGCCGCUGUCACCAUGGCAUUUGCUUAUGCUGCAUCUUCGGCACCCUGUUGGACACCUCCUGUGGAUUUCGUGGCCGACCACCCGUUUGCCUACUUCAUUAUCGAGGAGUCAGAUGCAGUCAUCUUUGCUGGACAUGUUGUCGAUCCUAGCAGCGGUACCGGGAUGGUGAUCCCGUCCCCUCCCCCGUUCCAGGAGUACACCACAACAAAAACAAAACUCAGCUGCAGUGUAUAUGGUACAUACAGUCCAGUAUCGCCAGUAUAUCAACAUCAUCCAUCAGUACACAAGCCGACAUCCCCUGCAUACAGUCCAGUAUCGCCGGUAUACAUGCCGACAUCCGUUCAAUACACUCCAGUAUCGCCGCCGGUAUACAGCCCGACAUCCCCUGCAUACAGUCCAGUAUCGCCGGUAUACAUGCCGACAUCCCUUCAAUACACUCCAGUAUCGCCGCCGGUAUACAGGCCGACAUCCCUUCAAUACACUCCAGUAUCGCCACCGGUAUACAUGCAGACAUCCCUUCAAUACACUCCAGUAUUGCCGCCGGUAUACAGGCCGACUACUGCUCCGUUUGUGUCAAGCAGGUUCAGUCCAGCAGUAUAUCGUCCAACACCGCCUACUUACACAAAACUCCCCAAUGGAGUCGGUCAAUAUCGGCCGCAGGAGGUGGAGGAAAUGAUCCGCGUCAGCUUGCCCAAGGCCAGGGCUGCACAUGCAGCACGGAGGAGAGAAGUGUUAGCACUAAUCUGA